GCCAUAUUGGAUAUCUGUCAAAGUUGAAAUAAUUCUGUGACAUUUUAACCAUUAUACACUGGACAAUGACGUGCGAUAUGCCGUCGAUGUCCUACAUGGCACUAUACAUUGUGUCCAUGCAUAUUCUGAAUACUAAUUCCAGAACAUCUACUCAUUGGAAAUUGAAUAUCGAAGCAGGCAAAGUGCAAAGUGUUACGAGCACGGUGGCAGAUUCAGAAUUGGAUGAUCAUCAAAAUUCUGAGAAUAACUCAGAUGAUAGGAUAUUUGAUAUACUCACCAAUAAAAAGAUAAUACAUGGAAAAUGGACAAUAGAAGGUGAAGAUAAUGAAUGCAUGCAAUGUGAAGGAAAAGAACGGAACAUAAACACGGAUGAAGAAACAUAUGAUCAUGUAAACAAGAAAAGAUCCAUUAAAAAAACUGAUCAAGAGCCAAAAAUAUCAUCAUCCAGUGUAUCUGCAGAAUCCACUGUCCAUAGUACAACCUCACUAAGCAGUGUUGACCACACCCUAAACUGUGGAAAAUCAGUGAAUUUUACAAAGUAUGAUCACCUUAGAGGGAUAGCCAGUAGAGAUUCACAUCCGUUAAUGCCUGAACCGGAGGUAGCCAUGAUAUUUCGAAAAAAGGGUAGUAAAAAUUCUGAAGUUGACAUGAAUUACUUGGAAUCCAAGCUGAAGAAGGCACUGAAGGAGAAGCCUCUGUCACCACAAAUCCUGAACAAGAUUGGUAACUUUUGGAGGAUAAAAGGACAAACCCAACUGUCAAUAGAAUGUUUUAGAAAAGCUCUCUCUCUGAAACCCAAUAAUCCAGAUGUUCUUCUUAACCUUGGACGCGUAUUAUUCAACCUGCACUAUCUUGAAGAUGCUAUCUUUUUAACGAGAGAAUCACUGGACAACCAAGCGGCAGAACAGAAUCCGUGGCUCCAACAUUUUACCCUCGGAGAAAUCCUCAAGGCAUAUGGACAUUUUCAUGAAGCAACGUUGCAUUUCACCCACACAUUGAAACUGAAUCCAAGUUUUCAGCCUGCGUUGGCACAUUUACGAGAAAUGCAAGCCCAUCCUGAUAGUACAGUCACUUAUUAUACACUGUUCAUCAUUCUCUUUCUUGUUAUGGGAGUGCUCUGUGGAAUUCUUACCUCUCUUGAUUCGACCCUUGAAGAUUUUGGCGAAUCAUCAAAAAUACAGCGUCAUUUCAAUCGUGCUAUGGCCAUGAAAUCUAUGAGACAAGGCAUCAAUCCCAGAAUAGUUCGAAAUAGAAAAGUCAAUCCUAUUAUUUAACUGCUGAGUUUGCCAUUUUGGUUUAAUAGUUGUUGUAGUUUUGUAUCACAUGUGAUAUGAUGUUAAUUUUUAUUAUGUCACCACCAAAAAGUGGUGACAUAUUGUUAUUGUCUCCCUUUUUUGUAACGACGGUUGGUGGUUGGCGUCUGUAACAAAUUCUUGCAUCUUUUUAUAAAUUAACAAAUACUGACUGUUGUUAAGAC